CCCAGCCGUUUCCCCCUUUCACUCAUCAGCUUCAUUUUUCAUCACACAGAGCAAAGAAAGAGAGACCCGAAAGAGAGAGAGAGCUGAACGGAAGAGAGAGGGAGAUCCAGAGGAGGCGCCGCUGGGCCAGAGCUGCCGCUGGGAGGGUCCUCGCCGCUGCCGCCAUAGCCAUGCAGUUGCUGUCUAGUCGUCAUCGUCGUCGCGCUCGCCAGAACCGAGGCAGAGAGCAGCGCCGAGAGGAAGCCCGUUGCUGCCAGCUUUGUCGGAUCUUUGUCAUCGAACCCGUCCUUGCCGCCGCCAUUGGAGUCGCGAACGGAGGAGGGUGAAGAGGCACGAAAGGGAGCGCCGCGGUGUUGCCGUGGUCGUCGAGUGGCUGGGCUUGCCAUCGUCGCGGAUGGGUGGCUGUUGCGCCGCCGUUCGUUGCUGCCUUGUCCGUGCUGCCGCUUUGAUCGCCGGUAACCACCGGUGGAACCCCAUCUUCUCGGUAACGUAGGGUCGAAUUACGAGUCUUGCAUGCUGAAUUCAAUUGUUGUUGCCUGCGACAUUAAGCUGCUGCAUCAUCACCGGAGCUGUUGCUGCUCCGUGUUCUCGGUUAAUCGUAAGUCUGGAUCGAGUUCCGGUUAUUGUAUGUUACAAUUCAAGCUGUUUCGGUUGUUGCGGAAGUGGAUAAAGCUGAGGUUAGGUCGCUGGCCAAGGAAAAAGGGGUUUUUGGCGCGUUUUGGUUUUGGAGUUUCGACUUUGACGCUUACUUCUCCAAAUCCAAGGACAUACAUUGGCUCCGGAAAGGUUUCUGAAAUUAAGAGUACAAUCCAUGCCUUGGAUGUUGAAACUGUAAUCUUUUAUGAUGAGCUAUCACCUGGGCAAUUGCGCAACCUGGAAAAGGUUUUUGGUGGGGACGUGAGAGUUUGUGAUCGAACUGCUCUCAUCCUUGAUAUAUUUAAUCAGGGAGCAGCAACACAUGAAGCAUCGUUACAGGUUUCAUUAGCACAAAUGGAAUACCAACUACCGCGUCUAACAAAAAUGUGGACACAUCUUGAGCGUCAAUCAGGAGGAAAGGUGAAGGGAAUGGGAGAAAAACAAAUAGAAGUGGACAAGCGUAUUUUGCGAAACCAAAUUGGUGCACUUAAGAAAGAGCUAGAAUCUGUUAGGAAACACCGACAGCAGUACCGUAACAGGCGUUUCUCAGUACCUGUGCCGGUGGUAGCCUUGGUUGGGUACACAAAUGCUGGAAAGAGUACCCUUUUAAAUCAAUUAACUGGGGCAGAUGUUUUUGCCGAGGAUAAAUUAUUUGCAACUUUAGAUCCAACUACAAGGAGGGUCCAGCUGAAGAAUGGAAAGGAGUUUCUCCUAACAGACACUGUUGGUUUUAUUCAGAAAUUGCCAACUCAACUGGUUGCUGCCUUCAGAGCUACGCUGGAGGAGAUAUCAGAGUCGUCACUUCUGGUGCAUGUAGUUGAUAUCAGUCAUCCCCUGGCAGAGCAACAAAUAAAUGCUGUUGACAAAGUUCUGUCAGAACUAGAUGUAUCAUCUAUUCCAAGAUUGAUGGUUUGGAACAAGGUUGAUAAGGCUAGUGAUCCCCAGAAAAUCAGGUUAGAAGCUGAAAAUAGAGAUGAUGUUGUAUGCAUAUCUGCAUUAACGGGUGAUGGCCUACCAGAAUUCUGUAACUCAGUUCAAGAAAAAUUGAAGGACUCCAUGGUGUGGGUUGAAGCUUUGGUACCAUUUGAAAAUGGAGACCUUCUCAGCACCAUACACCAAGUUGGAAUGGUUGAGAAAACUGAAUACACAGAGCAAGGGACAUAUAUCAAGGCACAUGUGCCCCUUCGUUUUGCAAGAUUGCUGACACCCAUGAGGCAAAUGUGUGUAUCCCAAUCUUAACUUCUUAAAUGUAUAUAAUUUGGUAGUUUAUAAAGUUAUAAAUAUCUUUUGUAUCAUACAUGUCACUUUAAAGAUGUACAUAUUUAUGUAAUUCUUGUAAUCAUACUCCCGUGCCCUUUAAAAAUUUAAAUACAUAUAUGACUAAGGAACUAUGGGAAUGCAAGUUUUGCAAAAGGUGAUUGCAACUACAUUUGUCAUACAUGAUUCCAUUCCUUUCUUUGUUUUCAAACAUUAAGAUGGCAUAUUCUGCAAAAUUCCUGAGAUACAUCAGCAAUAUCUGUUGCAUUCAAAGAGAAAUGUGUUAUGCUCAUCAGCAAUAACCAAUAGCACAUUAGCAGAGAUGUGGUGUGCUUUAUAUACAUAAAAAAAACUUGGUGAUGUUUCAAAGGUACUCAGAGUAAUGCUACCAACAUUUUAAAUUUGAUUACAUUUUAUUGUGAAAUAUAUUAAGUUUGAUUCAAUAAAUGUAUAAUUAUGUUGCUUAUGUAUCAUGAUUUUAGUGAUCAAAUAUUGUAUUAAUAUGCAUAAGAAUUUCAUUCUAGCUGUUGACUGGUGUAUGCCCAAGUCAUGAAAUCAAAAUUGCUGACUCUAAAGUAUGAACUGCCUUUACCAACUCUUUGAAACAUUUCUCCUUAAGCAAUUCACAGUGCAAUAUGGUUCAAUAUUGAAGUUCACCAAUGUUCAUUUGUGUAACAUGAAUGGAAACUGAAAGUAUUGAGUAAUGUCAGGCCCUCAGGGCACUUGUUCUAUUCUUCGAACCAAAGUCCUCUCUCUUUUUCCUUGCAUCCCAUAAAGAAACCAAAGAAAGAAAGAAAUACAGCUAUUCAAAUAGUGCUGUUAUCUUCUUUUGAAAAUAAAUUAUGACAAAGUCAAAUUUCAAUUGUUCUACACGUAAGAAAUAUCUUCUGAGAUAAUUUACAUGAAUCAGCAAGGCAAGAGAAUGUGAUUAUUCAGUAUGAAUAAUAAUACUCAAAAAAAGAAUAAAUUUAUCUGAUAAAAGAUAAAUUUGUCACUUUUAAAACUUUUUUGAUAUCAUUUUUAUCCCUUAUAAUUUUUUUGAAGGAUGAGAUUGGUGUUUAUUGUAAAUAAAUAAAAGGCAUAUAAUAACAAGAUGCCUAACUUCAGAGAAUAAGUGUGACCCUUUAUUUGGUCCCAAAUCAAAGUGGCAUUUCCCAUGUGAUCAUGACAGAUACAUGUACAUUUAUUUCCAUUUUCGGCCGAGUACUUAUCUGCCAUACUUUUAACCUUAAUAGUAGUGUAAAA